AACCUCCUGACAGAAGGUGAAGAACAACCAAGAAGACACUUGGCUUUCUUUUCUCCCUGUUUUUGAGUGUCCACGAGAAAAAGAAAACUAAAUCCAAGGGAAGACAAACACCUUGUUUGCAAAACUUGCUUUCAUCUAGAACUCUCUUUCUGCUGCUGUUGGAUUUGGCACCAUGUCCGCCCUGUUCUGCGAUGACCCUUUCUUCAGCCAGGAUCGUCUGCUGUGGCCGCUGCAUCAGAAGGCCUUCUCCUCAAUAAAGCACGACUUCUUCAGCAGAAGAGCCAAACUGGCAGAGAGCCUCCUGAAGGAGCUCCAUGAUGGGAUUCCCCUCAUCAGACUCUGCUAUCCUCCCCACAUGUUUGCCAGGCUGAGUGAUGGAAAAGAGCCCCAGAGCACGGAACUCAACAAGGAGGCCACAGACAACAGCAAAGACCUCUUGGUGACUCUCGAUGCUCGCGGUUAUGCCCCAAGUGACAUCACAGUCAAACUGGAGGGGCGGAGCCUGGCUGUAGUGGCUAUGAAACAAGCUGGAGGAGAGGAGUCUGAAUCUUGUUCCUCCUCCUCUUCCUCUGCUUCUUUCUGCUCCUCUGCCUCGUCUCAGUUGGGAUUUGUCCAGAAGAUCGAUCUGCCCCCUCACUUGGAUCUGACUGGCCUAUCCUGUUCCCUGAUGGAUGAUGGACAGCUGCGUAUCCAUGCUCCCGUGGCUCAGCCACCAAUCAGUGAAGAGCGCCAGGUGCCCAUUAGGUUCAGGACAUCGCUGGAAUUUCCAAUUUCUAAAGACAGUACAGAUGAGAAACAGUAAUAUUCACACAUACUGUUCUAUCUGAAAUAAUGUCUUUAAUCAUUUGAAACCCCCAAGAAAAAACUAAACAUAUUUAUAAAUAUACAGUCACUCAAACCUACUUCCAUUAAGAGCUAAUUGAAUGAG